GGAAACACGACAGUUCAUGCAACCGUGACGGGACUGCUGAGUUGGAGUUCCGGACUAGCCCAGUGAGGUAACCGUCGACACUGUUUGGACUCGUCCCCGAGAUGAGUUCAGGGACGCCAUGGAUUUUUGGUCGCGCCUCCUAGCACACACGCCGCUAUCGUCGGCUAGUUCCCGCAAGGACUUUGCGAAGGAUCCCGCCCGUCGCCUGCAUCGGUUCGAGAAGGAGUACAGCCAGUUGCUGCACGCAUGGCGCAACUCGUCCAACCUUGCCCACGAUGACGAAGCCGCCGAACACAUCGAGAUCCGCCUCCAGGAACUGACGAACCUUCUCAACGACGAGUCCCGCCGACCGCUGCCUCACCCGUGUAUCUCCUUCGCCGCCGCCAAGCAGGUCUAUAUACCAGUGGCCAAGAUCGCCACGAGCUCCUUCAAUGAGUGGAUCAUUAAGGAAGCAGUGCUCUUCUUCGCGAGCCUGAUCGAGAGCGAGGAGGAGGCCUUCGUCGAGAAUGAGACCUUUGCCGCUAGUUUGACGAACCUACUGGUCCGGAUAACCGGCGCUAAUAGUAUCCGCCUCGGUGCCGAUACCGAAGCCCGCGUCGUUGAGCUGGCCUUCAAUAUCACUACAAAGAUCCGACUUGAACCCGAUAUCCUGACCGCUUGGUUCAAGUCUCAACAACAUGGGGACACGAGGCAACUGGACCACCGCGAGAAGUUCGCAGGGAGAACACAGAAGCAGGACUUCCCCCUGUUUUACCUGUUGAUGGAUUACAUUCACCACGAGGGCAAAAUUGGCGACUUUGCAAGGACUGGGUUGCUCUACAUUAUCGAAGCCGCUUCGAACUCUGUCCCUCUCGAACAGUGGAUCGUCGAAAGCGAUCUGUCGACUUUGAUGGCGACAGGUCUGGGCGCUCUGUAUAGUCAACUGAGUCGCAAGCUUGUGAUCGACCACCUACCCAACGAACUCCCACCUAUCCUCGCCUUCUCCGACUACCAACACCCCAAGUCCAACUACGAAGUUGUCAGCUCUUGUUCCUUCCAGUUUCAGUCACAUCUGGACACGUUUCUCUCCCACCUGCUUUUCUGGCAGGACGUUCUGAACCACUGUAGGUCCGUUGAGGUCAAGUCAACUUUGCUGGAGCAUUUCCAGGUCAUUUUCUUGCAGCAGCUAUUAUACCCCUCUCUCCUUGAGUCUUCCGAUGUCGACGGCGGUUCAUCCGUUGCCGUGUUGACCUACCUCCGCCGUAUCCUGGAGUCACUGGACCAUCCCGACAUGGUCAACCUCAUUCUCCACUAUUUACUUGGUCUUCCUGACCUUGUGGGCUCCGUCAGUGCCAACACUGGAGAUGUCGUCAGCGCCGCCCGUAAGCGCAAGUCGUUGGACCUGGCCACCAUGAUGGCCUCCAAGGGGGAGGCCGCCGCAGAUCCGUUGCUGUUCAACCUCGUCGAUCUUAUCCUGGCUUGUCUUCGGUCGCAGAACAACCAAACAGUCUACGUCACUCUUCAACUGGUGUCGGUGAUUCUUAAGAGGCAUCAUCGAUACGCAGUUAUCACCUUGCUCUACACCGAAGGCGUACUCGGCGAGUCUCAUCACAGGACAUCUGGCGCACACCAACAGGAGGUCGAGUACUUGAUGUCCCUCGCGGGGAGUAUCGGAGGCGAGGACAACUUUGACGAGAUCUACGAUAAUAUCCUAAAAGACACGCUGCUACGGCUGGAAAACCACCCUUGUUCCAUCAAGCUGGUCACACCAAAAACUUCAACGCACAACCACAAGCUGCCAGCGGUCCCCGACACUCUUCCCGGCGCGCCGAGGGACGUCCGGUCUCACACCCUUCACCCGAGUGAUCCCUUGCUCAACAUUGUCUUGGAUCGGCUGGACACCUUUUUCCUCAACUCCGUCGACACGAACCUUGCCUUGACGGAAGCCAUCUUCGACCUCGCUGUGUGCGGCUUUAUGCACCUCGAAGGUUGGUUCAUGCGGAGUCCGCUGAACUACGUUUACGAAGAGGAGGACGAUAGCCCUCCGCUACCCGAGCCCCCGUUGGAUCCCGAAUCUCAAGAGUACAUUGAGUACAAGCAGAUGCAAUCCAUGCAGGAGGCGCGUCGGCGCCCGAGGUGGAUCCAGUCGGCCCUCCCUCGCCUGCUCAAAAUACUGCAGACCCUCUGCGACCAGGUCGCCGGUUACCGGGAGACUGUCCCGCGCUUUGACGAUCUGUUACAGCAACGCCGCGAGGCUUUCCAAAUAGCAGACUCUGCAAGCCAACACCUACCUAUUCAUCCUCCCCGAUCCAAAACGCCGGUUUCUUCGACCGCCGGUACCGUCACCCCCAGUGAACGGACGGUUAUCUACACCGACGAAGGGCGUGACACGUCCCGUGAGCGGCCCUCCGGAUUCGAAGGUUUCGCUCAGCGCCUUCUCUCUGAGCUCAGCUCGCCUACCCUCUCCGGCAGUCCACGCGGGCGGAAGGAAGCAAAGCGGGUCGUUUCAGACCGCUCCACGCCUGCCUCUUUCCUAUCCGCCGACACGCCUUUGCACUUGCCGUCACCGCAAGCCGGGCGGUCCUUUUCCCCUAGAACCCCUUCCCCUUCAAACAUGCCCGGAAGCGGCCCGUGGGACAGCGGCAAGCCUGACGCCUUCGCAAGUCAAGCGAAAGCGUUCCAGGCCGUCGACCAGAGCAUCCUUGCCCGCCGCGUCGGCGUCCCCGACGUCAAGCCUUCCACCGAGAAGUCCAUCGAGCCGAUCGGCCUGAGCUUCGACAGACAGCGCACGGCGGGCGGGGUGUCCUCGGCAGACGAGAAAUACGCCGCCGACGAGGAGGAGGCCAAGGCGGAGGAGGGCGGCGGCGAGGACGCGCUCCUUGCGCCCUCGGAAGACGGCGAGCAGACGGAUGACGACAACCGUGAUGGGGUUACUGCCGGAGCCGGAACCAGGGAGGGCGAGCCGGGGACGCCGACGAUCGACCGGUCCGUGUCGGUGUCGCAUGUGCUGACGAAUGUUAUUGUGCUGCAGGCGUUCUUGUUUGAGCUGGCUAGUGUAGUGCAGGUGCGCGCUGGGUUGUUCGAUGAGGUGCGGUUUGCUUAGGAGGCGGACGAGGGGGCGGGCUGUGGUUUAGAGGAUGAGAUGAACGGGGAUGCGUUUGUGGGAACUGUGCUGCCAUCGGUGGUUGAGGAUGAAGGAGAGAGGGACUGGCUUGGGCCUGCGUGUGUCGGCCCUGCGUUUGAUGCGAGCGACGUGUUGAGGGGGUUGCUUGGGCUUCGAGAGUGAGUAUUGGGCCGGAACGCAGAGGAGAGAGGUAGGGCUUGGGAUUUUGGGGUGCAUUGCUUGGUGUUAGUGGAUUGCUGGUAUUGUUGUUGACGCGGAGUUAGUGUUACAUGACAUGGUUGCAUAUUAUCGAGUUGAAGCUUCACUGAU